CAAGAGUUAAAAACUUUCAUAUCAAACCCACCGCAAUAUAAACGUACUCCUCCACGUCCAAUUUCAUUUUGUGUCUAAUUCUAUUUCGACGCAUUGUCAUCUUUCUUAAGACCAAUCUCUGACAUCAUCAACCAAAAUUUCUCCCGGUUUCUGUCAUCACCAUUCACCAACAACAUGCAGAGGUUUAUAACAAGAAACGCAAAGUUUGUCGGAGAUGUACGAGGUUGUUUAUCACAACGUUGUUAUUCUCAAUUUGGCUUAGCAUCGAAAAAAGAUGAUGAUGAUAUGAUGAUCAAUCAUCCUCGGAUGCCUCACUUUGAUUAUUCUCCACCGCCGUACAAUGGACCGUCAGCUGAUGAGAUUUUGAAUAAACGGAGGGAGUUUCUUAGCCCUUCCAUGUUUUACUUCUAUGAAAAACCGCUGAAUCUGGUACAUGGAAAGAUGCAAUACUUAUUUGACAGCAGCGGACGUCGAUAUCUUGAUGCAUUUGGAGGAAUUGCAACUGUAUCUUGUGGGCACUGCCACCCUGAUGUGGUAGAUGCCAUCGUAAACCAAACUAAACGCUUACAGCACUCAACCAUCUUAUAUCUCAAUCACGCAAUUGCUGAUUUUGCUGAGGCACUUGCUUCUAAGUUACCUGGUGAUCUCAAGGUUGUGUUCUUCACCAAUUCUGGAACCGAGGCAAAUGAGUUAGCAAUCAUGAUGGCAAGGCUGUACACUGGUUGUCAUGAUAUCAUUUCUCUAAGGAAUGCUUACCAUGGAAACGCAGCUGCCACUAUGAGCACCACUGCACAAAGCAUAUGGAAAUUCAACGUAGUACAGAGUGGAGUGCAUCAUGCCAUAAAUCCUGAUCCAUACAGAGGUUUGUUCGGUUCUGAUGGUGAGAAGUAUGCGAAGGACGUUGAAGAUCUAAUCCAAUUCGGAACAUCUGGAAGGGUUGCUGCUUUUAUGUCUGAAGCUAUACAGGGUGUUGGUGGGAUAGUUGAAUUGGCUCCAGGUUACUUGCCUGCUGCAUACAGCACUAUACGAAAAGCUGGAGGCCUUUGUAUUGCAGAUGAGGUUCAAGCUGGAUUUGCUCGCACUGGAAUCAACUUCUGGGGAUUUGAGAACCAAGGAGUGGUUCCUGACAUAGUGACAAUGGCAAAAGGCAUUGGAAAUGGAAUACCCCUUGGGGCUGUGGUUACAACUCCUGAGAUUGCACAGGUCUUGACUCAUCAUAAUUACUUCAACACAUUUGGUGGAAAUCCUGUGUGCACUUCUGCAGGACUUGCUGUCCUUAAAGUGAUUGAAAAGGAAAAGCUUCAAGAAAAUGCUCAUGUUGUUGGUUCCUUCUUGAAAGAGCGGCUUAUGGCUAUCAAAAAUAAGCAUGAAAUUAUAGGUGAUGUGAGGGGAAGAGGACUGCUGCUAGGCGUUGAACUAGUCACUGAUCGCAAACUGAAAACUCCGGCAAGAGCUGAAACUCUGCAUAUCAUGGACAAGAUGAAAGAUAUGGGAGUCCUAGUUGGCAAGGGUGGAUUCCGUGGAAAUGUCUUCAGAAUUACACCUCCACUUUGUUUCACUAAGGAAGAUGCAGAUUUUCUGGUGGAUGUCAUGGAUUGUGCAAUGUCAAAGAUAUAAUGACUCCUCUUCACUACACACAUCAUACGUGCGUCCAAGAUACUACAGUACAGUUUGGCAAUUACAUGUCUCCUAUAGGCAUAUGAUAAUGCUAUAGUUAAUGGAGCUCUUUUAUACAGCUUUUAUUUUAUAUAUGUCAGUUGAAAAACAGCGGCUAAAUGUAUCUGUAUGGCCUACUUCAGUACGUACAGUGUGGAACUAUCAUCAUAUAAUAUGAGUCAACAACUCGUUGUCUCUGGA